UUUUCAAAUACUUAUACAGUAUUUAUUGGCCCCUGUGAUAAUAUUGUAAACAUGGAACAUGCAGCAGUCGACUAGUUAAAUAACUUACACACUGCGACAUUGAGAGUAUCAACUAUAUUGACUGUCACCACCAACAUCAAGAUAUCAGAGUGAACAUGAGUAUCUGACAACAUAAGCCAGGAAGAGAAUGUCUGGUGAACAGCUUCAGUGUGAAUAUUAUCCAUUCAUAGUUGUGGGUGGUGGUAUUGCAGGUGUAACAUGUGCAGAAACGCUUUCACUGCUUUGUCCAGAAGAGAAAAUCCUGCUUAUAAGUGCCUCCCCUCUCAUUAAAGCAGUGUCAAAUCUAAGACAGUAUGGCAGGACACUGCAGCAGUUUGAUGUGGUGGAAAAACCGUUGUCUGUGUUACAGUUGGAUUGUCCAAACAUCCAUGUUCUAAACACUGCUGUUAAAGAAAUGGACCAAGAAGAACAUAAAUUGCUUACAGUGGAUGAAAAAUGGUAUAGAUAUGGGAAACUCUGCAUAUGUACUGGAGGAAAACCAAAGGUAUUGAUGGAAGGGAACAAACAUGUACUUGGAAUCAGAGAUACAGAAAGUGUACAGGAGUUUCAGGAAAGACUUUCUAGUGCAAGAAGGGUUGUUAUUGUUGGAAAUGGUGGAAUUGCUACAGAACUUGUAUACCACAUUAAAAAUUGUGAGGUGGUAUGGGCCAUCAAGGAUGCUUCUAUUACCAAGACCUUUGUAGAUGCAGGAGCUGCUGAGUUCUUUCUCUCUAGUUUAUCCUCUUCAGCAGAAAUGAAAGAUGAAGGUGUUUCCAAAAGAAUGAAGUACACAUUGGAAAAGCCCAUGAUCUCUCGACUGACCCCAGACCUGUUAGGAGGUGCCUUGGGUCCAGACUGGACUGAAGGCAGGGAAAUGCAGGGUCAAUAUGGGGAGGGCCGCAGCAUACAUGUAGAAUAUAAAGUUGAAGUAUCUAGGCUGUUAAGUCAAGAAGAGAUGAAGUCAAGUGGAAAGCAAGCCAAAAAAUUCCCCAAAAAUGAUGAGACAGGUUUAAGUGGUGAAGCUUCGUGGCCCAUAUAUGUGGAACUAACAAAUGGUCAUAUUUACGGCUGUGAUUUUGUGGUCAGUGCUACUGGCGUUAUACCAAAUGUAUACCCCUUCAACAAAAACAAACAGUUUGUUAUUUCCUCCGAUGGUGGUCUCUCAGUCAAUGACCAUAUGAUGACCUGUGUGCAGGAUGUGUAUGCAGCAGGCGAUGUGUGCAGUGCAUCAUGGGAACCUGCACUUCAUUGGCUACAGGUGAGAUAA